AUGGCUCGAAUACACUUUACCAGCGGCGAGACAAACGUCUCGAAGCCUGUCAAGAGAAUGCGCUGGGCCACAACCCGGAAACCCGGUCAAAGCGGAGCGAAAAAGAGACUCUCUCUGCUUCAAAGAGUGCCCAAAGUAACUGUCUCAACCUACGAAGAGAAGCCGGCCGGUCCCAAAAGCACCGGUCUGAUCACGGACGAGAGCCCCCUCGGCGAGCAGCAAGUACACGAGGAAUCCCAUGGACGCCAAAUCUAUGUCAAUCUACCCCUUCCGCCCGAAGCAAAAACAGAAGAUGGCCAUAUCAAGGCUCAAUACUCGAGGAAUAAGAUUAGGACGGCAAAAUAUACUCCUCUAAGUUUCGUGCCCAAAAACUUGUGGUUUCAGUUCCACAAUAUUGCUAAUAUAUACUUCUUCUUUAUCGUUAUUCUCAGUAUAUUCUCCAUUUUCGGCGCCUCGAACCCCGGUCUCGGGUCGGUUCCCUUGAUAUUCAUCUUGACGGUGACGGCCAUCAAGGAUGCUGUGGAGGAUUGGCGCAGAACGGUGCUGGACACCGAACUCAACAACUCCCCCGUAUACCGACUGGUGGAUUGGGAAAACGUCAACUCCUCUGAUGAUGAUAUCUCCCUGUGGAGGCGGGUCAAGAAGGCCUGCACGAGAUCGGUUAUUUCGACCUAUCGCUGGAUGAAGACCUUGAGGAAAGGCCAACCCAAACGGUCAGAAAAGGAUGCGGUUGCGGAUCACCCCGGUUUGCAAAGGAAUCAUUCGGUCGCUACAAGGCAUACAAUUCGAAGCUCGAUCUACUCGGAAGAAGGCGAUUCGUUCCACUCCUCUCAGAGCCAAACUGGCGAUGACAUUGCCAUGACACCCGUGCCAUCCCCGGGUUACCGAUCCAGCCUCUCCCCAGAUGCCACUGGCGGACCUCCGAGCAGUGCAUUCUCGUACGAAACAGCGGAUGAGGCUCGCGCUGGUGGAGACAACGCACCUUCGAUGCUGCGAACGCAAAAUUCCUCAAAAAGGAAGAGCGCCAUUCCCCCAAAGAAGGACUAUGGCACUGUGAUCAACCCUCACAAGGAUGUCCGUGAUACCGCCCGCUUCAAGAAAGACUACUGGAAAAAUGUCAAAGUGGGCGAUUUUGUUCGUAUCUACAAUGACGAACCCGUCCCGGCCGACAUCGUCGUUCUGUCGACGUCUGACCCCGAUGGUGCAUGCUAUAUCGAAACGAAGAACUUGGACGGCGAAACAAAUUUGAAGGUCCGUCAUGCUCUUCAGGCAGGACGAAAAGUCAAGCACGCCAAAGACUGCGAGUUCGCCGAGUUCUUGAUCGAUAGUGAGGGACCCAAUCCAAACUUGUACGCUUACAGUGGCGUGGCUCGAUGGCAACAGCAGGACCCCAAAAAUCCCAACGGGCCCACGCGAGACAUGGCCGAACCUAUUACUAUCAACAACAUGCUUCUGCGUGGCUGCAGCUUGAAAAACACUGAAUGGAUUCUCGGUGUGGUUGUGUUCACCGGCAAUGAGACCAAAAUCAUGCUUAACUCGGGCAUUACCCCCAGCAAACGGGCGCGAAUGGCUAGGGACCUAAACUGGAACGUCAUCUACAACUUUAUCAUUUUGUUCUUCAUGUGUCUGGUUGCCGGUAUCGUGCAAGGUGUCACCUGGUCCGAAAACAACAACUCCUUGAACUUUUUUGAGUUUGGUUCCAUUGGCGGCAACCCUCCGACGGACGGCUUCAUCACUUUCUGGGCCGCCGUGGUCCUGUUCCAGAACUUGGUCCCCAUUUCCUUGUACAUCACCUUGGAAAUCGUCAGAUCCAUUCAAGCCUUCUUCAUUUGGUCCGAUAUCCACAUGUACUAUGAGAAACUUGAUUACCCUUGUACCCCCAAGAGCUGGAACAUUUCGGAUGAUUUGGGACAGAUCGAGUACAUUUUCUCGGACAAGACCGGGACAUUGACUCAGAAUGUUAUGGAGUUCAAAAAGUGCACCAUCAACGGAGUUCCAUACGGCGAGGCUUACACCGAAGCCGAAGCAGGGAUGCGAAGGAGACAAGGCGUUGACGUUGAGGCCGAGGCCGCCCGAGUCCGUCAAGAAAUUGCGGAAGCACGUGUUGAGAUGUUGAAAAUGCUCCGCAAGAUCUACGACAAUCCUUAUCUCCACGAUGACGAGCUCACAUUUAUUUCUCCGACCUUUGUGGCUGAUCUAAAUGGACAAUCGGGUGAGGCACAACAAGCGGCGGCAGAACAUUUCAUGAUUGCUUUGGCACUUUGUCACACGGUCAUCACGGAAACGACCCCAGGUGACCCACCAAAGAUCGAAUUCAAGGCGCAGUCUCCUGAUGAAGCUGCCCUUGUCGCAACGGCGCGCGAUAUGGGGUUCACGGUCUUGGGUCGUACGAACGACGACCUCCACGUUAAUGUCCUCGGCGAAGAUCGGACCUACCGGAUCCUGAACACUCUCGAGUUCAACUCGACACGAAAGCGGAUGAGUGCCAUUGUGCGUAUGCCGGACGGAAAGAUCAAGCUGUUCUGCAAAGGUGCCGACAGCAUGAUUUAUUCCCGUCUCGCUCGUGGCCAGCAGCAAGAACUUCGCAAGGCAACCGCCGAAAACCUGGAAAUGUUCGCUCGUGAGGGUCUCAGGACGCUCUGUGUGGCGGAGAGAGAUCUUGACGAAGACUUCUACCAAGAAUGGAACAAAGAUCACGACUUCGCCGCUCAAGCUCUGACCGACCGAGAGGACCGGCUUGAAGAGGUGGCCGAUAGAAUUGAGAGAGACCUUAUACUCCUUGGAGGCACGGCCAUUGAAGAUCGUCUGCAAGAUGGCGUUCCCGACACGAUUGCUCUGCUUGGCCAAGCAGGUAUCAAACUUUGGGUCCUUACCGGCGACAAGGUCGAGACCGCCAUCAACAUUGGCUUUUCUUGUAAUUUACUCUCGAAUGAGAUGGACUUGAUCUUAUUCGACAUUCCCGAGGCCACUGUCGAUGAAGCUGCGAAGCUGUUGGAUCAACAUCUCCAGACUUUCGGGUUGACAGGUUCUGACGAGGAGCUCGCAGCCGCUCGACUUGUUCACGAGCCUCCACCCCCAACCCAUGCUUUGGUCAUUGACGGAGAGUCUCUCAAGCUUGUUUUGCGAGAUGAGCUGAGACAGCGCUUUUUGGUCUUGUGCAAACAGUGCAAGUCUGUCCUUUGUUGCCGAGUCAGCCCUGCACAAAAAGCGGCCGUCGUUCAACUGGUCAAGAAUGGACUGGACGUCAUGGCAUUGUCUAUCGGUGAUGGUGCUAAUGAUGUUGCUAUGAUUCAGGAGGCUGACGUCGGCGUCGGCAUUGCUGGCGAAGAAGGGCGACAGGCGGUCAUGUCGUCCGACUAUGCGAUUGGUCAAUUCCGUUUCCUACAGCGACUGGUGCUCGUCCACGGUCGUUGGUCUUACCGCCGUCUCGCUGAAAGCAUUGCCAACUUCUUCUACAAGAACCUGGUCUGGACCUUUGCUCUAUUCUGGUACCAGAUAUACAACAACUUUGACAUCACCUACCUCUUUGACUACACCUAUAUCCUUCUGGUGAACUUGGCCUUCACCUCUGUGCCUGUGGGUCUGCUGGGUAUCCUGGACCAAGACGUGAGUGACAAGGUGUCCCUUGCAGUACCUCAGUUGUACCGACGUGGAAUGGAGCGAAAAGAAUGGACUCAAACGAAGUUCUGGCUAUACAUGGCUGACGGCUUGUACCAAUCUGCUAUUUGCUACUUCAUGGCCUAUCUCCUUUUCCAGCCUGCGACUUUCGAGACAGAGAACGGACGAGGCAUUGCCGACCGAAGCCGCAUGGGUGUAUUUGUCGCCUGUGUUACCAUCAUCGUGAUCAAUUCCUACAUCCUCCUCAACACAUACAAGUGGGACUGGAUCAUGGUGUUGGUCACCGUCAUCAGCUGCCUUUUGAUCUUUGCCUGGACUGGGAUCUACUCGUCUUUCGAGGCGUCCUUCCAAUUCUACAAGGCCGGAUCCGAGGUCUACGGGCAAUUAACGUUCUGGGCGUUGACACUGCUGACAUUUGUGAUAUGUCUGCUACCUCGCUUCUGUGUGAAAUACUUCCAGAAGAACUACAUGCCCUACGACAUUGACAUUGUUCGGGAGCAGGUUCGGCAGGGGAAGUUCAAAUACUUGGACGACUACGGGGCAUACAUUCCUCCCAAGGUCGUCGACAUUUCUGGGACAUCAUCUGAACAACCUGAAGAAGUCCCUGUGGAGGCAAGGGAGCAGCCGCAACAGCCUCACCACGCGCGAUAUGGGAGCAUGGCAGAAUCGCAGCGGCCCAUUUACCCACCGUCAGAAGCCCCGACCCGUCACCCUCACAGCCAAACGGGCAGUGACGGCACGGACAGAACCCAGCCAUCUUUUGAUACGGCUGGAUUUCACGGGGAUUCGUCUACACCCGAGAAGUUACGGCGGAGGAGACCCUCCGUGGAACGCGCUCGCUCAUCAUUUGAGAGGCAACGCCAGUCUUUCGACAAGCUCAGACCGAGCUUCGAAGGCAGUCGUGAUUUCACCAGCGCCGCCAUGCUGUCAAAGAUGGAAUCUCAAUAUUCCCAACCUGGUCUCAGCGAGGUGAAUACUCGAGUGAUCCCUGAGGAGAACGUGUAG